UGCAGUUUCUUAUAGAAGUGCAAAUCCCCCUCUGCUCAUGAGCAGCCACUUUCAGUGUGUGAAUCAGAUCGCAAUAACAGUCAUCAUUGUUUUUAUGCAGUUUGUGUGAACAGAUAUCUGAUCCUCUGGAAGUAACUGACUGCAGCUGUACAGGACAGUCUCCCUCUCAUUUCCAAGGUCUAGAUGAAGACCACCGAUGAAAAGCACCAGUUGAUAGAAAACAUGCAAGGAUGAACGAGCUGAUAUGAAAAAACAAAAUGGAGGAAAAGAGUGUCGAUAAUAAAACAGACGAGGUCUUUCAAGAGUCAGUUCCCUCUCUUCAGGCUGUGGUUGAUCAUUUCUGUCCCAGCUUCACUGCUCAGAGUGGGGGAAAUGUGGUCGCUCCCUCCAUUAUUGGUUCCACUAUUGGCAACAUAAACAUCAGUAUCACCUCUACGGGCCAAGGCCACGGGUCUAUCGUUACAUUAAAAGACGCACUGAUCCCUGACACUGAAUACAGCUGUGGGGCUCUGCAGUCCCAAAUCGCAGAAUGUCAACAGAAACUGAAAGUUACUCUGAAGAGAAGGUUCAGCCACUUGCUUGAGGGGAUGACAACAGAGUCAAACAAAAUAUCUCUCAAUAAAAUCUACACAGAGCUCUACAUCACUGAGGGAGGAACUGCUGACGUCAAUAGGGAGCAUGAAGUGAGACGGAUUGAGACAGUGUCCAGGAUGCAUGUGGCCCAGGAGCAGUCAAUCCACUGCAAUCAACUCUUUGUUUCUCUACCAGGACGAGACCGCCACAUAAGGACUGUGAUCACGAGGGGAGUCGCUGGCAUCGGAAAAACAGUAUCUGCCAACAAGUUCACUCUAGACUGGGCUGAGGAAAGAGCAAACACCAACCUGGAAUUUGUAUUCCUGCUCUCUUUCCGCGAGCUGAAUCUGAUGAGAGGGAAAAUCUUCAGUCUAGUGGAGCUUGUCAGUGUCUUCUUCCCUGAGACAAAAGACACAGCAAUCUUCAAUAAUGGUGAACACAAAAUGCUCUUUAUCCUGGAUGGUCUGGACGAGAGCCGACUAUCUUUGGACUUCCACAACAGUGAAAUAAUGUCUGAUGUGACACAGCCAACCAGAAUUGCUGUGCUUCUCACCAACCUCAUCAGAGGAAGACUGCUUCCUUUGAGUCUUGUAUGGAUAACAUCCCGCCCAGUAGCUUGCAGUCAGAUCCCUGUGGACUGCAUUGAUCUCGUGACCGAGGUUCGAGGGUUCAACAACCUGCAAAAAGACGAAUACUUCCGAAGGAAAAUUGGUGACGAGAGCUUGGCAAACAGGAUAAUCGCGCAUGUGAAAUCCUGCAGGAGUCUUCACAUCAUGUGCCACAUACCCAUCUUCUGCUGGAUGGCGGCGAGCGUUCUUGAGAAGAAGUUGACAACGACGGACAGUAAAGACACACCAAAGACCCUCACUGAAAUGUACAUACACUUCUUGUCUUUGUACGUGGAGACAAUGAAGAAGAGGUUGCCUGGAAGAAGAGAGUCAAACGCUGAAUGCGUGAGAGCUAACCUCAUCUCACUGGGUAAACUGGCCUUCAAAGAGCUUGAGAAGGGCCACUUGAUCUUCUACGAGAACGACCUCAAACUAAAUGGUAUAGAUGUCACACAGGCAUCCAUGUUCUCAGGAGUCUACACACAGAUCUUCAACGAGGAGCUGACAAUGUGCGAGGGGAAGAUGUUCUGCUUUGUGCAUCUGAGCGUUCAGGAAUUCUUUGCCGCAUUGUACGUCUUCCUCACCUUCCACAACGACAACAUCAACGUCUUGGUCAAGAAGUCGUCCGCUUCGAGACGUUUCCUGUUCAGAGACUCUUCAGAGGUCAUCCUCUACAAACAAGCAGUAGAAAAGGCUUUGCAGUGUCCAAAUGGACAUUUUGACAUCUUUCUGCGUUUCCUCCUGGGCCUGUCUCUGGAAUCCAAUCAGACACUGCUGAAACAGCUAAUGACCAGCAACAGAUCAAACCAAAGAACAAGAACAGAGAUCAUCAAACACAUCAAGGAGAGGAUCAGGUCAAGUCCAUCCCCAGACAGAUGUCUCAAUCUCUUUCACUGCCUGAAUGAGCUGAAUGACCACUCCCUUGUGGAGGAGAUUCAGAGCUACCUCAGUUCUGGCAGUCUUGACAAAGCCAAGCUUUCACCGGCUCAGUGGGCCACUCUUGUCUUUGUAUUAUUGACCUCAGAAGAAGAACUGAGCGUGUUUGAGCUGAGCAACUAUGCCAGGUCCGAGGAGGGACUUCGGAUGCUGCUGCCUGUUGUGAAAACGGCUCAAGUGGCGAAUCUAAAUGCAUGCAAUCUCACUGUGACCUGCUGUGAAAGCCUGGCAAAUGGCGUCAGCUCAUCCCAAAUAAGAGAGUUGGACUUGAGUAACAACAACCUGACAGACUCAGGCAUAAAUCUGCUCUCUGGUGGACUGAAGAACAGCAAACUGGACAAAUUGAAACUGAGGAGCUGCAACCUUACAGAGAAGAGCUCUGAAGCCCUGGCCUCAUUUAUCAGCUCAGCAUCCUGCCAACUGAAAGAGCUGGACCUCACUGACAAUGACUUUCAGGACGUGGGAGUCACAAGGCUCUCUGCUGGACUGGGCAGUCCUCACUGUAAACUGGAAAUACUCAUUUUGCCCCUGUGCAGAGUGACAGAGGAAGGCUGCACUUUCCUGGCAUCCGCUUUGAACUCAUCGUGCCUGAGAGAGCUCGACCUGAGCUACAACCACCCAGGAAACUCAGGUCUGCAGCUGCUGUCUACUCUGCUAGACGACCCACAAUGCAGCCUGCAGAAACUCAGUGUGGAACAGUGUGAUGAAUCCAGGAUUCAGCCAGGUCCAAAGAAAUACACCCGCAAACUCACACUGGACCCAAACACAGCACACAAGGACCUGUCUCUGUCCGAGGGAAACACGAAAGCAACGCGUUGGACCGAGCAGCCGCAUCCCGAUCACCCAGAGAGGUUCGAUUUUUCGCGCCAGGUGCUGUGUAAGGAGGGACUGAGCGGGCGCUGCUACUGGGAGACAGAAUGGUGCGGGAGAGCUUUCAUAGGAGUAGCCUACAGACGGAUGUGCAGGAAGGGAGAGGGAGACGACAGCUGGCUAGGCCGAAAUGACUCUUCCUGGGGCCUGAGCUGCUCCAAAGAUGCCUACAGGAUCUUGCACAAUGGCAUGAACAAUGUUGUCACCACCCCACCCAGAUCCAAUAAAGUAGGAGUCUUUCUGGACUGGUCAGCGGGGACGCUCUCCUUCUACCAGGUUUCCUGUGCCACACUCACCCUCCUCCACACCUUCCACACCACCUUCACAGAACCUGUCCACCCCGGGUUUCAGCUGGCCUGGGUGGACUCCACAAUCUUCCUGCGAUAAAUAAUUAUGUAACAUGAUGUACUAUUUGCUUUUAUGCUGCUCUUCAAUUUUGGGUUUACUUGUUCAGCUUUUGGGAUAUGAUGGGUCUUUGAUGAGGAUUUGUUUCAAGCCAUACCAGCGGCGUGGUUCCAGGGAAGCCAAUGUCCACCACUCGGGUCCAGACUGAAAUAUCUCAGCAAGUAUUUGAUAUACUGCCAUGAAAUUUCACGCAGACAUUUAUGUUUCCCAGAGGAUGAAUCCUACACACUCGGCUGAUCCCCUGCACUUUCCUCUAGCACCACUGAGGUUGACAUUUGUAGUUUUGAGUGAACUGUGUCUACGACGACUGGACGGAUUACCAGGAGACUUGUCUCCACUCGUGAUGUAUUGUAAUGACUGCUGUUGAUUCCUGGAUUUUCCACCUUGCGUCUUCAUCGUGUCUUAAUUUGUCCAUUAUUUGGUGGUGGUUUUUGAUCAAUGUCUUUCUUCAGUAGAAAGUAACUUUGUAAAUUUCUCAAUGUUGUGAGGAGCACAGACAAAAUUCCUUUCGCCUCUGUUGUAAUUGUUGUGUUUUAAUGCGGAUACUGAUAAGAGGAAGUGAAAAUGUUUUGUAACUUGGAAAAGCUGGGGGGAAAU